AUGGAUUCCCAAGCUUCCACAGUUAAUCCAGUCCCUAGGAAUGAAGAGAAGCCCCAGACGAGUGAAGCUAUCGCAACUCAGACGGCCAUCGCCACUGAGCCCAACACUACCGACAACGAGGUCACGGCCGGACCCAGUGAAACCACAGCCGCCGCAGCCAGCCACGAGCAUGAUGAUGAAACAGUUUCCGUAGCCAGCAGCACACUCACAGAGGACUGGAAGCGCUCCUUUGAUGAUGACCUCACUGAGGCACUUGCCGGCAUCCAGACACAGGGCACCUUUGCCUCGUUCCACCCCCUGAACCACGUAGACCCCGAUCUCUGGGUCCAGGAUGUCAAACCCGUCGGCCUUCCGCUGCCGGAGCCGGCGGUGCGGCAGCUGAUCGACAAGGCCGCCCGUGCUCCGUUUGGUAAGGGGAGCGAGACUAUUGUCGACACUGCUGUGCGUAACAUAUGGGAGCUGGAUCCCUCACAGUUCGAGCUUCGGAGUCCGCGCUGGCCCGCGGAUUUGCGCUGUUAUUUGGGCGUCAAGUCGCCUGUGACGGCGGAGCUGUAUAAGCUAUUGAUUUAUGAAAAGGGGGCCAUGUUCAAGGCUCAUACCGACACCGAGAAAUGCCCCGGCAUGUUCGGCACGCUCGUCAUCUGCCUGCCCUGCAGCCACAAGGGAGGCGACGUAGUCGUCAAGCACUGCGGCGAGACAAAGACGUUCAAGACCUCCGGGGCAGACCAGUCCUUUGCAUGUUGGUACUUGGACGUCCACCACGAGGUCCUGCCCGUGACGGAGGGCUACCGAGUGGUGCUCACGUACAACCUAGCCGUCGACCCGCCGCCGCCGGCGGCCUCGCAGCAGCGGCCCUCUGCGGCGCUGCGGAGGCAAGAGACCCGCGACCUGCGGCAUACGCUCCGGCGAUGGCUGGAGCAUCCCGAGGACGGCGGCGAGGUCGACCACGUCUACUACGGGCUGGACCACGAGUACACCGAGGCUAGCAUCUCGAUAAAGGCACUCAAGGGGCGCGACGCGGCUGUCGUGCAGACGCUGCAGGAGCUCUCCGCGGGGCUCGAGUUUGAUGUGCUCCUGGCGCUGACGGAGAAGAUGGAGAUGGGGCCGACGGUGUACAAGGGCAAUACGCGACAUUCAAAGAAGAAACGGAGCCGGCGUGGGAACCGGAAGCGGCCGAUUGAUCCCUCGGAUGGGUUCGGGGAGGAUCCUGAUGAGGCGGAUCGGUCCCAUGAUAUUGAGGAUGUGACGGACGAGUCGUUGUCUGUCAAGGUGCUUGUGGACUUGAGCGGGCGCCCGAUACUUCGUGAUAUCGCGUUGGGUUGGAAAAAUGUGCUUGAUUCCGGGGAGUUCUUUGAAGGCGUUGAACGGAAGGAAGAGUAUGAGGGAUACCAGGGCAACUGGGUAGGUCUUCGAUCCAGAAGAUUUGCAGGUAUGUUCGUCAUAUUGACAAAGAUGAACCCCAUGGACCAACAGCUACCCACUGGAUCCCUUCGUUCCUCAGAGCUAGACAGCGCUGUACUGCUCGAUUAUCUCACACAUUCGAUCCUCAAGGCCUCGUCGAACAGCAAGUCAUCCUUUGAGACACUCAAAGACGUAUGGGAUACGUCGGUCCCUGGCCCAGGCACGCGUGCCAAAAAGGCUGAAGACGAAAUUCUGAACAAGGUGUUGCGAUCUGCUUUGGCUAUGAAGGGUUGGGAUUUUUUCGAGAAAGUUAGCAUGAAGAAGGCCGAAAAGGGGCUGGACAGGCCACUGCCCGCGGGCUACUAUCAACUACUUUACGCGGAGGUCUCGCAGGGCAAAGUGGACUUUUCUCAGAUAAAAAAUGGCUUGACUUUCACAGUGUUCAAGGGUCGGCAUUUCUUCGAGAUCUUCGAGGCGCUUAAGGCUUUUGCCCCUACUGAUCAGCCUCUGUCUGACGAGAUCCGGGAGUGGGCACGAGCAACGCUUACCAAAGGUGUCAAGGAAAUUGCCGAUACCGCAAGCUUCGUCCGACAAGAUGGACUGGCUUUAGUGACGGGCGCUGAGAAGUAUGCCGACUUUGGUUGGCUUUCCUCUGUGACGAUGCCAUUGGUCGAGCAGCUACUUGUACGGACGCCAGCGUUUGCACUGGAGUUUCUAUCAGCGCUGCUCUCAGGCGCCAGACGAAAGGCAUCCCCUGUGACUCUGGCCGUUCACUUAUACAAGAAGCUCGCCAAAGACCUCAUCUCCAUGCUCGACCUUGAAAGGGUCCGUGGGCCCAGGGAAGACGACCCAGCCCACAAGGCGGCGAGAUUCACAUAUGGCCAGACGGCGCCCUCUGCCCCCGAUCACCGCCUCGCCUUGAACCACGUCGCCCUGGCAGACCUCUUCUCCGGUCUCAUUAAGCUCGCAUCCUUCCCUCUGCAAGAGGACCUAGUCCUGCCACUGGCCCUCAACAUCGUCAGCCACGCACCCAAAAUGCACGCCCUUGACUUCCCCGUCCUCUGGAUCCCGCUUCUGCGCGAACUCCUCGCCAUCCUGGAAGCCACCAAGACGCCCCUCGACACCCCGCGCUACCAACAACUCUUCGCCGCCGUCCUCGAAGCCUACCGCGACAACUACGUCGGCUCGAGACCGGUCCGUCCGCCGUCGAGCCAGCUGGGAAGUGGCAUCAAACUAGACAACUUCCUCGCGAACCCGGCGCAGACGUCACUCCGCCUGAUUAUUGGCGCCAAGAAGCAGCGACACCACGUGCACAGGGAACACGGCAUCCGGGCCACGCAUGAGACUGAGCGGUUUGCGCCUGGAGGGCCCACGAUGGUAAUUAACAAGACGGAUGUUGCGAAGCAGCAGGAGGCAGAGGAAGCCUUCAAGGCUUUUGAUCAGACCAAGCUAGGGAUAUUACUGGGUGAGGAUUAUCCUGCUAUUGCGACCGCAUUGUGGCAGCGGCCGGUGAAUCUGGUCCCGGGGCGGGGUGCCCCAGCACCAAUUCCAGCUUAUUUUCCCGCCCCUGUUCCUGCUUCAGGACCCGCUGCGGCAGUUGGGCCUGCGUGGGUGCCACCGCCCACGAACAGACCUGCGGCUCCUGGGCCAAGUCGGCCUCCACCACCUGUUGCUGGGGCGAAACGAAAAGCUGAGCCAGAGAUUAUUGAUUUAACUUAG